GAGUUUAUCAUUAAAAACAAAAAGUUUACUAACUCCAGGUUCAUGCCUACUUAAACCACGUGAGCCAACGCUUGCACGAGGAGCAACAACGCGUGUUAGAAUAUUUAGAAAGUAAAACUUUAAAGUCGCUGGUGGCCGUCGUUGAGCUUGAGCUUUUGAAAAUUCACACUACCACUCUUCUUGAAAGAGGAUUCACUAAUUUUCUCGAAGGUCAACAUUAUGAUUAUUUAAAGAUUAUGUAUAAUUUAUUUGAGCGCGUGGGCGCACUUGUUGAGUUGAAGCAGCAUUUUUCAAUGUAUAUAAAGACUAAAGGAAGCGAAAUUAUUAGAAGCACCGAACGGGAGAACGAAAUGGUUGAAGAUUUACUGAAAUUCAAAAAUCAACUCGAUCAUUCGCUGGCGUGUUCUUUUGCAUCAAAUGCCGGCUUUAAAAUAACUUUAAAAGAUUCAUUUGAAGUUGCGAUAAAUUCUGUGGCCAAUAAACCUUCUGAGCUUCUAGCGAAAUAUAUUGAUAGAAAACUCAAGCAAAGUUCAAAGAAUAUUAAUGAAGAGGGAUUGGAUGCCUUAUUUGAUAAAGUAAUUGUCCUAUUUCGUUCGAUUCAAGGAAAAGACGUUUUUGAAGCUUUUUAUAAGAAGGACUUGGCAAAGCGUCUCCUUUUAGAACGUUCAUUGUCAUUGGACGCUGAACGCUCCAUGCUUUCAAAACUCAAGCAAGAGUGCGGCUCCAACUUUACUUAUAAGUUGGAAGGAAUGUUUAACGACUUGGAAACUUCAAAAAUUUUAAUGACUUCUUUUGUUAAGUCUGAGUGGUACAGCAAUACUAUGAAAAACUUUUCAGUAAACGUACUUACGGCUGGCCAUUGGCCUUCCUAUUCUCCUUCUCCAAAUUUAGCGUACCCUGAACAGGUUCAACUCUUUCGUAAAAAUUUUUGUGAGUUUUACACCUCGACGAAUCCCAACCGAAAGCUCACGUGGGUACCUUCCCUGGAACAGUGCACCUUAAAAGUCAAUCUCGCACGUGACGCCUCAUUAAAAGAAGAAAAAGAACUCUACGUUUCCUGCAGUCAAGCUAUUGUCUUGCUGCUAUUUAACGAAAAAGAACAAUUUUCUUACCAUGACGUGUCCAUCCGUACGGGUCUUGACGAGGCCACACUCAAGCAUAUUUUGCAAACGUUAACUUUUGGAAAAGUGAAGCUUUUGUUAAAGGAGCCUGACAGCUUUGCAGUAACAGAGCACUGUAUAUUCACUUUAAAAAAAGAACUUAAAACUAAAAGCAAAAAAGUGAGGAUCAACCAACUUCAAAUAAAAGAUACACUUCAAGAACAAGAAGACACGACUCAGAGAGUUUAUCAGGAUCGCCAGUGGCAGAUUGACGCUGCCGUUGUGAGAAUAAUGAAAACAAGAAGAAUGCUUAGCCAUAAUGAACUUCUUCAGCAACUUUUUCAGCAACUUAAAUUUCCUGCUACAGUGCAAGACGUAAAGAAGAGACUCGAAAGCCUUAUCGAAAGAGACUAUAUAUCAAAAGAGGAGAAUAACGAUUGUAUUAAUUACCACUACGUGGCAUAA